AUGGAGCAACUUAAGAGUUUAAUUUCGCCUUCACUGCAAGACAUUUUGUGCAAAAUUCAAUUUAAUGACACCCAAUUUGAAACUACAAAAAAGAUCACGCGAAAACGAUCGAAUAACUUCAAUCCUGACAGAAAGAAACGGAACCGAAUAACGUUUGAUGCAAAUCAAAUCGAUGAGAUGGAAAAGGUGUUUGCAGAAAAUCAGUAUCCGGACACUAUGAGCCGAGAAAAAUUGGCAAACAAAAUUCAACUUCACGAGGAGCGAGUUCAAAUUUGGUUUCAAAAUCGUCGUGCAAAGUAUCGUCGAGAGCAGAAACAAACUGGCCAUCCAUACGAGCCACCUUCAAUCACUAAAAAUCCUACAGGUGAAAAAGAAAAAACUCAGGAUUGCACUACUUUGACAAGUGCAUCAUCUCCAGGCCCUUCAAACCUAUCUAAUGAUACUCUUGUUUCAAUUGAAAUGGCACCUAAAAUUGGAACUAAAAGCGUCAAUUUGUUCCCAGAUCAGGCUCUUUCAAACACUCUGAACAUGAUCAUCAAUGCUAACAAAAAUGCUUCGGAAAACAAUUAUGAAUCCGAGGAUCAAUUCAAUGCGGAAAGUGCGAAACUUUUAAUGCUAACUCUUUCCAAUUUAUUCAGUUUGCAAAAUGAAACCACUUGUGAAUGA